AUGGCGAACAAGCUCUUCCUCGUCUCGGCAACUCUCGCCUUCUUUUUCCUUCUCACCAAUGCCUCCAUCUACAAGACCGUCGUUGAAUUUGACGAAGAUGACGCAACAAACCCAUCCGGCCCAUUUCAGCUUCCAAGAUGCAGGAAGGAGUUUCAGCAAGCACAACACCUAAGAGCUUGCCAGCAAUGGAUUCACAAGCAGGCAAUGCGAUCCGGUGGCGGUAGCUGGGCCCUCGACGAUGAGUUUGAUCUUGAAGACGACAUGGAGAACCCCCAGGGUCGCCCACAGCAGAGGCCACCUCUACUCCAGCAGUGCUGCAACGAGCUCCACCAAGAAGAGCCAAUUUGCGUUUGCCCAACCUUGAAAGGAGCAUCCAAAGCUGUUAGGUCCCGUGUUCAAGGACAGCAGGGACAGCAAGGACAGCACCAGCAACAGAUGGUGAGUCGUAUCUUCCAGACCGCUAAGCACUUACCUAACGUUUGCAACAUCCCGCAAGUUAGCGUUUGUCCCUUCCGGAAGGCCAGCCCCUACUACUAG